UUUCCUGACAUCCAUAUUCUCCCACGUGACUAAUUCCCUGUCCUUAUCACCACGUGAUCUAAUUCUCUCUUUCCUCUCUUUUUUUCUUGCCUUCUUCUCCUCUCAUCUCUUUAAAAAACUUACUCUCCAUUUCUCUCUCUGUCAAUUCCUUUCUUUUUCUCUCUCUCCAAACAUGAAUUCUCUAAAUUCAUAUGUUUUAUUUUUAAUCUUAAUCUUUAUAACCUUUUUUGCUGAUGAUUUUCUUGUUUUUGUUAACUCUAUAACUGCUUCUUCGUCUUCGUCUGAUAAUGAAUACUCCACUUUUUUCGACACCAUAAAUUCCAUCAACCCAAAGGCUUCUUUAAACCCUGGUAAGAACCAAACACCGUCGUCUGCGUCACGUGGUUCUUCCAGCUGCGAGGUAUGGGACGUGAGCUGCUCCGAGGCGGUGUUGGGUCUGGCCCGGAAGCCGGAGAACGUAGAGUGGAUUAGAGGGUUGAGGCGGAAGAUACAUGAGAACCCCGAGCUAGCUUUUGAAGAGUAUGAAACGAGUAAGCUGGUUCGAGCCGAGUUGGAUCGGAUGGAGAUUGAAUAUAGGUACCCUUUGGCGAAAACGGGUAUUCGGGCUUGGAUUGGAACCGGUGGCCCGCCCUUUGUUGCCAUACGAGCUGACAUGGAUGCUCUCCCUAUUCAGGAAGCUGUAGAAUGGGAGCAUAAAAGCAAAGUGCCAGGAAAAAUGCAUGCUUGUGGGCACGAUGCGCAUGUGGCAAUGCUCGUUGGUGCUGCCAAAAUAUUGAAGAAUCGAGAACACCUUUUGAAGGGAACUGUUAUACUGCUCUUUCAGCCAGCUGAGGAAGCAGGAAAUGGUGCUAAGCGGAUGAUUGGAGAUGACGCAUUGGAGAACGUAGAGGCCAUUUUUGCAGUCCAUGUAUCUCAUGAACACCCCACGGCUAUUAUUGGCUCAAGGCCUGGUCCUCUGCUUGCCGGUUGUGGCUUCUUUAGAGCUGUUAUCAGUGGAAGAAAAGGCCUUGCCGGGAACCCACACCACUCAGUUGACCCUAUCUUGGCAGCUUCAGCUGCUGUAAUUAGCUUACAGGGAAUUGUUUCUCGCGAAUCAAAUCCAUUGGACUCCCAGGUUGUGUCUGUCACCUCGUUCAAUGGCGGUAAUAAUCUUGAUAUGAUCCCUGAGACGGUGGUAAUUGGAGGUACCUUCAGGGCCUUCUCCAAUGCCAGCUUUUACAACCUUCUGCAAAGAAUUGAAGAGGUGAUCGUGGAGCAGGCCAGUGUUUUCAGAUGUUCGGCAACAGUCGACUUCUUCGAAAAGGAAUCAACAAUCUAUCCUCCAACCGUGAAUGAUGACCGUAUGUAUGAGCAUGUGAAGAAGGUGGCUACUGAUUUGCUAGGACCACCAAGUUUCAGGGUGGUCCCUCCAAUGAUGGGUGCCGAAGACUUCUCUUUUUAUUCAGAGGUGGUUCCGGCAGCUUUCUUCUACAUUGGCGUAAGGAACGAGACCUUGGGAUCUAUACACACAGGUCACUCGCCAUAUUUUAUGAUCGAUGAAGAUGUUCUUCCCAUUGGUGCAGCAGUUCAUGCCACAAUUGCAGAAAGAUACCUCGUCGAGCAUGGUUAAAAAGAGUAGGCUAUCUCUGGUUUAUCCACCCCUAAACUGGGAUAUCGUAACUCAACUGGGCACAGAUUAUUUGGAGUGAUGUGCUCUUGUAAUUUUUGCCCUGUUAGGGUGUGGAAAGCGUAAAGAUUUUCCCCUUUUUUCAAUGUAAAGAAUUGGGCAGGGGAAGCUCCUCUGCUCUUAGAUUGUAGUUGUUGUUACAAUAUACUGUCUCAAGUAAUAGCACUCUGCAUUCAAUUUCUCUGUCGAGAGC